AGCUUGAUUCCUCAAGUCAAGUCAGAACUUGCUGAGUAAGAGCUGUCUAGUUGUGGAUCCGGAAAUUUUCAUUUGAAUUAGCUAUGGCUUGUAUAAUGUCUAAUAUGUCUACUUCGGAUUCUCUAAGCCCUGAUUGGUUAACAUCGGAACAUAGCACAGGCACGUCAAUUAUGGCUGUGGAAUUCAAUGGUGGAGUCGUUAUUGGAGCUGAUUCACGCACGAGCACAGGGGCAUAUGUAGCAAACAGGGUUACUGAUAAACUGACCAAGAUCACUAACCAUAUCUAUUGUUGCCGCUCAGGCUCUGCAGCUGACACUCAAGCUAUUGCUGAUAUAGUGAACUACCACUUGGAAUUCCAUGAGGUACAAUUGGGUGAAGCUCCUUUGGUGAAAACAGCAGCCAGUGUCUUUCAAGAACUUUGCUAUAACUACAGAGAUCAGCUCAUGGCUGGUAUUAUUUGUGCAGGAUGGGAUAGGCGCCAUGGUGGACAGGUUUAUAAUAUUCCCCUUGGAGGAAUGUGUGUGAGACAACCAUUUGCUAUUGGUGGUUCAGGCUCAACAUACGUGUUUGGAUUUGUUGACUCAAAUUUCAAACAAGGCAUGAAUCAGGAUGAAUGUGUCCAAUUUGUAUUGAAAACUCUCGCAUUGGCAAUGAGCAGAGAUGGUUCAAGCGGUGGUGUUGUUCGUUUGGGUAUUAUUACUGAAGAUGGAAUUGAACGCCGUACAGUGUUGGGUAAUGAACUACCUCGAUUCUACGAAGGUUAAGUACAAGUGAAGUAUGUGUUACGCGAUAAUGAAACCAAUACAUGAAAAGUUGACAACUUCCAA